AUGGUCCGAGUUGGCAAUGGCAUUCAUCUCUCUCCGGGGCGACAAGACGAAUAUUCCAGACAGCUCCAGGCGGAUCCCCACCGACAACUGAAGCGUAAGUCAGACGCCAGUGAGAUUUCUUCUUACCAGGAAACGGAUCCGAAGCGUCUACGGACAGGAACCCCUCAAUCCAUGGCACCUAAAACCAUCACCUUCAACGAAAUCUACCAAGAUGGAAAGGCCGAGUUCAAGCACACAAUCGUUAAGUUCGAGGACAUUUUCUACAUUCUGAAGUGCGACGAACACGGUGUUCACUUCAAGCAGAAUGCGCUUGCUGCUGCGGCGAAGCAUCUUCACGGAGCUUCCCACGGACACCAAAAGAAGGAACACAGACUGGCUAUCCGAACGAUCGGUUUCCAUGUCGUGGACUGCACUGAGGAGCUUGCAAAGCUGAACAACGACUUUGUGCAAAAAGCCUUCGAGAAUGGAUACAAGCCUCUUAACCAGCUGCAUGGCCCCAAAUCCGGCGGCAAGCGUCAAUCCAACCACGAUAUGCUCGGUGCUUCGCCGGAUCCUAGCCCGCGAGGUCAAGCUGUUCUUCGGCAGAACCCGAAGGAAGAGUUCACAGACUUUAUCACGGAUUUUGAGGCUGGAGAGCUCUACUGGGCUAUCUGGCCGGCAGAUAGGAAGAUGUAUCCGGUCAUGGUCCUCGGUUGGAAGGAUCUCGCGCGAUGUGGCUGGCACGAUAUGAAGUUCUGCGACUUGAAACUCUACACGGACAAGCAAAUGAGGCCAGCGUGCUACAUAUUCGAUGCGGAAGGUAUCGCUGGCUGGGCUGAGGGGUACAGAGAUGGAGAGCCGAACGUACUAGCUCGACAGGCACCGGUGAUGUGGUUUGAGAAUAACGGGGAAAACCGCCUUGGAUGGCUGAGCGCUAGGUACCUGAGACCUUUCCGACUGGACGACCCGAACAGGAACACGAAUCCCAACUCGAACGAGAGCCGGGCACGAAAGCUGUAUGCCUCUUUACGCGGCUUCAACUCGUGGGAGGAGAUGCGUGCGAGGCAACUGGCCUUGCAGUCGCAGAGUCCCGCGGAUCCCAGUACGUCUGCGAAGGUGCCGUCGCCAGAUUCAGAGUCGGACUCUGCCUCGCAAGACGUGGACAUGUAUGACUUUGGCGACAACCCCCCGAAGCUUGACGACUCUGGGGACGAGGACUAUGUGGAUAUUAAAAAAGGCCGUAACGACUCGGACGACGAAAUGGCAGAUGCGGAACCCACGACGCCCCAGCCCCUCAGACGGAGCACUCAAGAGGUGCGCCCGACGUCGCGACUGAGCGAGAGCAUGGGAUUACACCGAACUGGAGCAGCGGCCGGAACACGCUCUUCGGCGAAGAAGGAUCCUGUGGGGGCGGAAAAGGACACAGACACGGCCGAAGUGCAAAGUACACCGUCUAAGAGCCGAGUGAUCGCCGAGGACAAGGAAACGACAACGCCCAACAAUAUCUCCAGCAACUCCCGAGAUAUCCCGCAGGUUGCUCUCGGCACACCUGCGACCCCGAAGCCUGAUGGGGUCUCGAAGGGAGCGGAGAAUGACAAGUCGAUGGUCGAUGCCAUUUCCGCGAGACAACUGGCAGAGAUGGCACAGAGCAAGCUCUCCGAAAAGCGCAAUAUGCUCGAGGACCCGAAGGUGACAGCAGGCCGGGCCGCGGAAAGAGGUGGUGAAAGCUCCCACGACGACAGGCGUGAGAAGUCUCUUUCAGUUCCCGCUAAUAUAGCGAACAAUAAUGGAGAAAGGAGCGGCGCGUCGAAGUCGCCCAGCUUGGAGAAGGAAUUCCCCAAGGUCAGCCCGAAACUGCAGGUUGCCAACCUCCUCAACAGCACCGUCUCGGACAAGGCCAAGGGACAGCCGACUCCGUCGAACACCUCGACGCCGGCGGAACCACGACGACCUCUGCCCUCGGAAGCAGGAGGGGCAGCCACUGGGGCCAAGCAGUCGGCACCGAUGAGACAUGCAUUGCCACCCAAGCCCUCAGUUCAGGUGCAGCCAGUCCAGCAACCGGCCGACAAGUCCUCUCAGCCGGAGCCUAGGAAGGAGCUGAGCAUUGAAGUCCAGGCCAGCCCGCAACUAUCUGUCAACGGGCAGGGGAGAGAGGGUAGCAAGCAGCCUUCGCCGACGGAGGCAUCCAGAAGUGCCAGUGUUGAAAGCACGCAACGCCGAUCCGACCCGCGAAUGAGCAUCGGUGCUCUCGACGAUAAGCCAACGACUCCGCAGCCGACGGCGGUAAAUGGGAACAGCAUUGUUGUGAACGGAGGGACUGCGUCUGGCAACAGCACUCCGAGGCUUUUGACGAAGAACGUGGACGACCGAUGGCGGGCGGUACGGACAUCAGAGUCGCCUCACAUCACACCGGCAUCGAUCCGGUCUCCUCUUGUCGACCGUAGUGCGGCGGCAUCGCCCGUGUUGGGUGGUAAGAAGGAGCUGGGCGGUCUCUCGAUCGACGUGGCGUCUUUCUCGGAGGGCAACAGGAGGUGGAUUGGCGGAGGAGAGAAUAUGCUGCACUUCCACAUCGAGGACGAUACACGCGGGGUCGCGCGAGGCGAGGCGAAGGACGGCUUCGCGGCGACGGUGGAUGCGCGCACGGUCAAGGCCGCCCAACACACAAAGGAAGCAGUUCGGCUUGUGCUCAAGACCGAAGACGGCACGCCGUUGGAGCAGCGGUUCACGUUUGAGACCAAUUCGUUGACGGGAAGUUCUCGAUCAAGCGGCAUGCAGGCACUCAAGUUUUAUCAGUGGGUGACGAGGAAGAACGAGGAGAUUGAGCACCUGGGGUAG